UUUGACCUGCAGCUUAUUUUUGUUUUAAAGUUUUUAAUGUUUUCUAAUUUAAAUCUUAAUGAUCUUGUGAAUAUUUCCCGAUUAAGUGGAAAAUUUUCUGCUUCAGAAUUGGAAGAAUUAGAUGCUCAUAUAAAUGAAGACAAAAAAUUAGAUGAAAUUCGUAAACUUUUGACAGAAAAACUUGAAAAUGCAAAAAAGAGAAUCAACCAGCUGGGAUGGACGAAAAUUAAUUCAACACAAAAAUCUGAACUUCUUUUUGAUAUACAAGAAAUUUUGUACGAAAUGCAAUUGGUUGAGCAUGCAGCUAAAACUCCAAUUCUGCAUUUUGCAAAAAUUAUUUUUUCUGCAAAUCCCUCGCGUUGUAUUUGUCGUGAAACUAGUCCAGCCAAGUCAAAGCCGCCCAAAAGGAGAAGAAAUGAAUUAG